AUGUCGACCAUGAGGAGGACGGGCUCUGGUCGCCCUUCGACGUCCACCACAACAAACCGACCUGGCGGACCCUCUCGACCAAACGCCCCUGCUGCCCCAGGUGCUCGAGCCAUCUUUGACAAAUCACGCCGCAUCGAAGAGUUCUCGUCUUCCGACGACAAGUGUCCGCAAUGCAAGACCGAUCGCUACCUCAAUCCUCGCUUGAGGCUGCUCGUCAGUCCAUGCUACCACAAGAUGUGCGAGUCCUGCAUUGACCGCAUCUUCUCGCUGGGACCAGCACCGUGUCCAGAGUGCGGCAAGAAGGUGUCCAAGGUUCAGUUCACAGCGCAGACCUUCCAAGACCUUGGCGUGGAGCGAGAGGUGGCAGUCCGUCGCACCGUCGCCAAGCUCUUCAAUCGCCGCGAAGAUGACUUUGUCGAUCUCAAAGCGUACAACGACUAUCUCGAAGAAGUGGAAGAGAUCACCUUCAACCUCAUCCACGAGAUCGAUCUGCCACGGACCAACGCAAAGUUGGAACAGUACCAAGCAGCACAUCGAUCCGCGAUCGCCAGCUCGGCGAGCAUCUCGCAGCAAGAGUCGGAUCGACAGGCACGUGUAGAUGAAGAGGAGAAGCAGGCAAAGAAGGCACGCGCAGAGCGAGUACGCAAGCAAGAAGAGGUCGAGCGUGAGGAGCGCGACAGGGAGCGGCUCGAGAUGAUGCGGGAGCUCGAGACGGGAGCUGAUCCCGACGAGAUCAUGGAAAAGCAACGUAAGCGACGGGUGCAACGGGAAGAAAAGCAGCGACUGCAGGACCUCGAGGCAGCGCGACGAGAGAAAGAGGCAGCACAAAUCUCGGCGAACGGAGGCAGCGGCGCCGCAGAUGCUCUGGACAGAAGACCAUGGUCUGUCGACAUGCUUCUCGACUUUGAAGGGCCAUUGGCAUAUCUCGAUGACGCGAGUGCGCUCUUUGACGUGCACAAGGCGCCGGCAGCCUUGGGAGGACUCGAAGGCGUCAAGGGUGCGGCGGGCUACGAGGACCCGUGGCUCAGUGCAUCGUGGGUCACCAAGGAGCAGAUCGCACGCUAUCGAGCUGGUGGAUACGACUGGGAGCGGCAGGUGUGGACGCGUGGGCUUUGCGCUGCUUGCGAAUGCAUUGGUGCCGCUCCGCUCACCGAUAAUGGCAUCGACACUGCCCUCCCAAGUAUGGAGGUCGAUCCUUGA